GCAUAAAAAAGUGUGCUUGGCAGUGAGAAAGCUCUUCUCUUGCUCUCUGUGCAAGAAGACCUUCAUUGGAGCAAGGGGGUUGACCGCACACAUGAGAUCCCACGAGAAAAGGUCUAAUUUGAAAGAACCUGAAGUGUGCUUAGCUGCAAAGAGGUGCCACUUUUGCUCGAUGUGUAAUAAAACAUUCAUUAAAGGACACGAUUUGAAAGCACACUGGAGAUCAUGCACUUACCAGUGCACCCAGUGUUUGCAAAGCUUUGAACAUCAGGAGAACUUACAGAAACAUCUGCAGUAUGCUCGUGAGGAGGCAGCUCAACUGGAAGAGGUUAACACGUUUACACCAUCUUUUGAGGAGGAGAUGGAGACAUCCCAGCCCCACAACACUUCCAAUGUUCGUUGCAAUCAAAGAUACUCUUUCAGAGCCAGAACAUGCAGUCUGUGUCACAAGACUUUCAACAGUAUAGCUUUAAUGCGAACGCACCUGAAUUCCAAACAUGCUCAGCUCCCUUACCAAUGCCUCUGCUGUGGAGAGAAUUUCAAGAGGAAGAUUAAUUUCAAAGCACAUAGGAAAGAGCGCCAUCCCACUCCAAGUCUCCAACCCAAGGAGUCCGUCAAAGCCAGAACAUGCCGCUUGUGUCACAAUACUUUUGACAGUACAUUUUUUAUGAGAAAGCACCUCAAAUCCCAACAUGGCCAGCUCCCUUACCAGUGCCUGGGCUGUGGAGGAAAUUUCAUAAAGAACUCUCAUUUGAGGGAGCAUAAAAAAGAGUGCUUUCAGAGACCACAGCAAGACUUGAGGGAGUCAAAUGAGGGAGUCGAUCCAAACCAGCACCAAAGGGAUGUUGAUCCAUCAGAUAGCAGCAGCUCUCUGGCAACAAGGGAGAGUGAGACAGAGAUUCCACAGUCCCACAGCUCUUUAAACCUUAUAACCUCCGAUACACCCCCCACUCAGGAACCCUAUCUUUGUGAAAUAUGUGGUAAGGAUUUCCUGAUGCUGUUUCGAAUGAAAGAACAUAUGAGAGCACACACAGGAGAGCGCCCUUUCCCUUGCCGAGACUGUGGCAAAGGUUUUAGCAGAAGGCGGAGUCUGAAACGCCAUCGAUUGAUUCAUACAGAAGGUCGGCCAUUCCAUUUGCAUGCACUUUAUGCAAGUUGAGCUAUCUUACAAAAAAACACCUGCAAAGACAUAUGAAAAAACAUUGUUUUAAAACAAAACAUUUUAACGGUGUGUAUGAUGUGCAAAAGCUUUUUUUUUUUUUACAGUGAGUAGUCAGUUGAGUCCAGCUGUUGUGUGUACAUUUUCCUAUUUAAGUAACCCAGCCUGAGACCUGAAGACUUGGUUUUACAAGGUGAUGGGCAGGCUUAAGCUCAGCAGGCUAACAGUCUUGUGGUGCACAGGAGACCUGGUCUCGAAUCCAGUAAGUAACACCAGCAACCCCUUCUCACCAAAUUUUUCUACUGAAUUUACUUUUAGUACUGCAAAUGACUUUUACUUUGACUCAUUAUUAUGAUGAAUGUGUCGUUUUAGAUUGUAUUCCUCGUGGAGAAUUGAUAACAUUACUGCCUCAGGUGUAUAUGUGUUCAUCCUGUCCUACAAAUCAAUUACGCAUCUUCUGUUUUAUUAGUCAUGCCACAUGUAAUUUUUUGUGGUGUAAAGUACUUAAGUAAAAAUACUUUAAAGUAAUACUUAAGUCUUUUUUAGGUAUCUGUACUUUACUAUUUAUAUUUUUUACCACUUUUACUUCACUACAUUCCAAAAGAAAAUAAUGUACUUUUUACUCCAUACAUUUGCCCUGACACCCAAAAGCACUCGUUACAUUUUAAAUGCUUAACAGGACAGGAAAAUGCCCCAAUUCACACACUUAUCUAGAGAACAUCCCACCUGUCUAUGAACUGGCGGACUCACUAAACACAAAUGCUUCAUUUGUAAAUUAUGUUUGAUUGUACCCCUGCCUAUGCGUCAAAUAAAUCUCCAAGAAAUUCA